CGAUGCUAGAGCGCCUGUCUUCCGCCCGCCGUGUGGAGGUCCUCGGAGCUUCUGUUUCCGGGUACGGUUUCGGUCACAAAGCCGAGUCCUCCUUUCGCAGGUGGCGUCACGGGUCCUCUGCUCGGUGCCCGAGGUCAGCAAGCAAGGACGGGCGCUUCUCAGGCAGCCGCCGGAGCCCGGCUUCGCAGCUCCGGGACUGCGGCUCGAGCGACACGUUUCUUGGCCCACCCCCCGCCUCCGAGUCACGCUCUGCCCUGUGAGUUUCAGGUGCCAUGCAGAAGGACUAAGACUCAGCACCCGUUUGAUACAAAAACAAGUUCAUGCUCACUAGAGUGUUCGUGGGAAAAGUGAAUCCCAGUUCACACAAGACACUAUGGCUGAGCAUGGGGCUCACAUCACAACUGCUUCGGUGGCGGACGACCAGCCAUCCAUCUUUGAGGUGGUAGCACAGGACAGCUUAAUGACAGCAGUGAGACCCGCUCUUCAGCAUGUGGUCAAGGUUCUUGCAGAAUCAAAUCCUGCGCACUACGGCUUCCUCUGGCGGUGGUUUGAUGAAAUCUUCACUCUGCUAGACUUCCUGCUCCAGCAGCAUUAUCUUUCUAGAACUAGUGCCUCAUUUUCUGAACACUUUUAUGGCUUAAAGCGGAUUGUGGCAGGGAGCUCGCUGCAGCUUCAGAGACCGGCCAGUGCUGGUCUUCCCAAGGAACACCUCUGGAAAUCUGCCAUGUUCCUUGUCCUUCUUCCCUAUUUGAAAGUGAAGCUGGAGAAGCUGACUUCUAGCUUGAGAGAAGAAGAUGAAUACUCUAUUCACCCCCCUUCUUCUCGCUGGAAACGAUUCUACAGAGCCUUCCUGGCGGCCUACCCUUUUGUUAACAUGGCCUGGGAAGGCUGGUUUCUUACACAACAACUGCGUUACAUCCUGGGGAAAGCUGAGCAUCACUCUCCCCUGCUGAAACUGGCUGGAGUUCGGCUAGCUCGACUGACAGCUCAGGACAUGCAAGCUAUCAAACAGAGACUGGUUGAAGCCAGUGCAAUGCAGGAGCCUGUCAGAAGCAUUGGCGAGAAGAUAAAGUCAGCUCUGAAGAAAGCUGUGGGAGGUGUUGCCUUAUCCCUCUCGACUGGCCUCUCUGUGGGUGUGUUCUUCCUGCAGUUUCUUGACUGGUGGUACUCUUCUGAGAACCAAGAAGCCAUCAAAUCACUGACUGCCCUGCCCACUCCACCACCACCUGUACACCUAGACUACAACUCUGAUUCUCCCCUCUUACCCAAAAUGAAAACAGUGUGCCCACUCUGUCGUAAAACUCGAGUGAAUGAUACGGUUCUUGCCACCUCUGGCUAUGUAUUCUGUUACCGCUGUGUGUUUAAUUAUGUGAGGAGUCACCAAGCCUGUCCCAUUACAGGGUAUCCAACAGAAGUCCAGCAUCUAAUUAAACUCUACUCUCCAGAGAACUGAAAGAACUUAGUGCAUUAUCUCACCGCUCAAGUUCUAUACUCCAAGGCCACGAGUCGGUUUUAGUAUGGCAGACAACAGUGAUACUUCCCUGAUUCAUAACUAUGUUGACUUUAAGGAGUUAAAAGGAUGUAUCCAUUCGAAUCCUAACCUUUUGGUUUGCUCUCUACCAAGCUGGUUAAGCAGGAGGAUCAGGAUUAUAGGUGGUGUGAGGGCCAAUGUGGAGGUGAGUUAUAAAAGACCACCUCACUUAAGAGUAAGGUUUUAGGUUGGAUGUGGUAGUAUAGUAUCAACACUCUGGAGAUGGAGGCAGGAUUUUGAGUUCAAGGCCACCAUAGGGAGACUGUCAAAAGUAAAAUGAAAGUGAGAGACUGAUUAAGAGGGAUAAAAUAGCACAGGAAACCUCAGGUUAGACCUUAUAAAGCAAGUGGUUUGGGAAGCAGGCCUUCUCUUUAGAAAACAUUUCUCUACUUUUGAAUUAGAGGCUUUAUCAGACAUGGACUUUCUCUUUAUAGAAAUGCUUUAGAGAAAAGCCCCUUCCAUCUGUCAUGACUUACUAACAUCUACCACAGUUUAACAGCAUUUGAAGAUUUCCUUGAUGAUCCAUACCUGUCUGUCUUGUGAUAGGGUUUGUUUAUAGGGAGAAGUCUGGGAAUUUCAAUAUGAAUGGAAACUAGCAAGCAAUGGUGAGAUGCAGUAAAAUACUUAUCUAAUGUUUACUUGAUGCCUACCUAGUGAAGAUUUAAUGAGGGGCAGAAGCUUUCUGCUUGCUCUCAUGAGUUUGCUCAACUGGCAGUUUGCUCAGUUGAUAUGAAUCAAGCUAGGUAUUAUGAAAGUUUCUAUGAAACAUUUAAGUCAAAUUUUAAUAAUACAUGAUUCUGGGAAAGAAUUGUUCCAUGAUGUCAUGAUUAUGUGGAAACCCAAAAGAUUACUUCAGGGGUUUAAAUAAAUUUCCAUUCAGAUCACCAUU